AUAUAAAACUGAGAAAUAAAAAACCCCUCUGCAGUCGCUCCAAGCUCCAUUCUUUCUCAUUCUGCUUUCAUUUCAAUUCAACAAAAACCCUGAUUUCUUAAAUAUAAAACCCUGUUUUUCAAAUUUCCAUAGAAAAAUGAUGACAAAUUCUCACAUUUCUUACACAGCUCAUCUUAAACCUUAGUUGAGUAAACCUUAAUCUGCCAUUUACCUCAAGAAAAUGACCACCAUUGACACUCUCAUUUCAUUCAGGAUUAAUGUUCAUAAACCCUGCAACUACACAAAAUCAAUCCCCCGAAAUUGUAAACCCUUGAGAUUCGCUCGAAAAUCUCAGUCAAGAACCCAUUUUCUUAAUAGAUCAUUUACAGUUCUGUGUGAAUCAUCUCAAUCGGGUGAUACUAGCAAACCUGCCGGAGAAGAUUUUGUGUCUAGGGUUUUGAAGGAAAAUCCUAGCCAGUUAGAACCCAAGUAUCUAAUUGGCCAAAGGUUGUAUACUUUGAAAGAAAAAGAGAAUUUGAGUAAAAAAAAUGACCUGGGUAUUCUCCGAAGUUUAGCAGAAAAGCUGAAUUUGAGAGUAAAACCAGAGAAGGAGAGUGGAAAUAAAAAUGAGAGUGAAAAUGUUUACUUGAAGGAUAUUUUGAGGGAAUAUAAAGGGAAGCUAUAUGUGCCUGAGCAAGUUUUCGGGGCUGAGUUAUCGGAGGAGGAGGAAUUUAAUAAGAAUGUGGAGGAUUUACCAAAAAUGAUUAUUGAGGAUUUUAGGAAGUACAUGAAGUGUGAUAAGGUCAGGUUGCUAACUUCCAAAGAGGUUGGUGGAGUAGCUUAUGCAAAUGGAUAUAGGGAUUUUGUUGUAGAUUUGAAAGAGAUUCCUGGUGAUAAGAGCUUGCAAAGAACCAAAUGGGCAAUGAGGCUGGAUGAAAAUGAAGUUCAAGCGCUUCUGGAGGAGUACAAGGGUCCACAAUAUGAAAUAGAGAGGCGCAUGACGUCUUGGGUGGGAAAAUUGCCAGAAUACCCACAUCCAGUUGCAUCAUCCAUAUCUAGCAGAAUGAUGGUGGAGCUUGGAAUGGUGACAGCUAUCAUAGCUGCUGCAGCAGCAGUUGUUGGAGGAUUCCUUGCUUCGGCAGUCUUUGCUGCAACCAGUUUCAUCUUUGCGACAACUGUAUAUGUUGUAUGGCCUAUAGUGAAGCCAUUUGUUAAUCUUUUUCUUGGUUUGAUCUCUAGAAUCUUAGAGAGAGUACAGGAAAAUCUUUUUGAUCUUUCCAGUGAAGGAGGAAUUUUCACUAGGUUAUCUGAUUUGUACUCUUAUGGUGGUGUUUCUGCCAGCCUUGAGAUGCUUAAACCAAUCAUACUUGUUCUUUUGACCAUGGUUCUCCUAGUCCGUUUUACACUUUCAAGAAGACCUAAGAAUUUCAGGAAAUGGGAUCUAUGGCAAGGGAUUGAUUUUUCACGGUCUAAAGCAGAAGCUCGUGUUGAUGGCUCAACAGGAGUUAAGUUUAGCGAUGUAGCAGGGAUUGAUGAAGCAGUUGAGGAACUUCAGGAGUUGGUGAGGUACUUGAAGAAUCCCGAACUUUUUGAUAAAAUGGGGAUAAAGCCCCCACAUGGGGUUCUACUGGAGGGUCCUCCUGGUUGUGGCAAGACCUUAGUUGCCAAAGCCAUAGCUGGUGAGGCUGGGGUUCCAUUUUACCAAAUGGCUGGAUCUGAGUUUGUUGAAGUCUUAGUUGGUGUUGGUUCUGCUCGUAUCAGGGAUCUAUUUAAGAGAGCUAAGGUAAACAAACCAUCUGUUAUAUUCAUUGAUGAAAUCGAUGCAUUGGCUACUAGGCGUCAAGGGAUUUUCAAGGAAACUACGGACCACUUGUAUAAUGCAGCCACCCAAGAGAGGGAAACAACAUUGAAUCAACUCUUGAUAGAGCUUGAUGGGUUUGAUACUGGUAAAGGCGUUAUUUUCUUAGCUGCAACAAAUCGUAGGGAUUUGCUAGAUCCUGCACUUCUUCGACCAGGUCGUUUUGAUCGAAAGAUAAGAAUCCGCCCUCCAAAUGCAAAAGGGAGAACCGAAAUUCUGAAAAUUCAUGCAAGCAAAGUGAAAAUGUCAGAUUCUGUCGAUUUAUCUUCAUUUGCCAAAAACUUACCUGGAUGGACAGGAGCAAGGUUGGCUCAGCUGGUCCAGGAGGCUGCUCUUGUGGCAGUAAGGAAAGGGCAUGACUCCAUUCUUCAGUCAGACAUGGAUGAUGCAGUUGACCGACUUACAGUGGGACCCAAACGUAUUGGUCUAGACUUAGGUCAUCAGGGACAAUGUCGUAGAGCUACUACGGAAAUGGGACUUGCCAUGACUUCUCAUCUGCUAAGGCGAUACGAAAAUGCGGAAGUUGAAUGUUGUGAUCGCAUUUCAAUUGUGCCCCGUGGUCAGACACUAUCACAAUUAAUAUUUCAUCGGCUUGAUGAUGAAUCAUACAUGUUUGAGCGUCGACCACAGUUGCUACAUCGUCUGCAGGUUUUACUCGGAGGAAGGGCUGCAGAAGAGGUUAUAUAUGGACAGGACACAUCAAGGGCAUCGGUUAACUACCUUGCAGAUGCAUCUUGGCUGGCACGCAAAAUUUUAACCAUAUGGAAUUUAGAGAAUCCAAUGGUUGUACAUGGAGAGCCGCCGCCGUGGAGAAAGAACGUUAAAUUUGUGGGCCCACGGCUGGACUUUGAAGGAUCACUUUAUGAUGACUAUGAUCUUAUUGAACCCCCAAUCAACUUCGAUAUGGAUGAUGAUGUUGCACGAAGAACCGAAGAGUUAUUGCAUGAAAUGUAUGGAAGGACAGUAUCUAUGCUUCGGAGGCACCAUGCAGCAUUGCUUAAAGCUGUGAAGGUUCUUCUUAAUCAGAAAGAAAUCAGUGGAGAAGAAAUUGACUUUAUUUUGAAUAAUUACCCUCCACAAACACCACUAAGUCAUCUUUUGGAGGAGGAAAGUCCAGGAACCCUUCCUUUCAUCAAACAAGAACAAAGGACUACUCAAUAUGCCCUGCCAAAUCAUUCCAAAGGCCAACGCCUGUCAAAGAGUUAGAUUCUGCUUCAUUCAUGGAUCCCAACAACCUUGACACAUUAAUGUCAUAGAUUUUGUAAUUCUUUUUAUAUCUUUUUGUUUUUGUUUCUAAAAUAAUUAUAAAAAAAAUUACUAUUUUUUCUCUUUGAAUCAAGCCAAGCUAUCUGUAGUGCUGAUAUUACAUGAGAUGGAAGUAUGAUAGGAGUUCAUAAUUCAUUGUUGUUACAUA